UUUGAAAUUUUUAGUGGCAGGUUGCGAAUUGCGAAAGUGUUGUGGCUUUAUUUAGAUUUAAGAAUAAUAGUUAGAAACGAACCGACCGAGAUCACGAAAAAUUCUAGUCAAUUGUACAAUAUAAAUCACAAAAUGAAAUAAUUAUUUAUAUUAAGCAAUAAGCAUAGUACUUAUAUAACUUUUUUACUUAUUUUUAUACUUUUGUAAGCGUGAGUACUUUAAAAUGCAAAUCUUGAAGGCGAGGUUUGCUCUGCGGGCAUCCGCUUCGCAGCUCCAAGCUUGGAGUACCGCAAGGAGUCGCACUGCCACCACUAACACAAAGAGCGUGGAAUACAAGCCGAUUCGCAGCGUGCUAGUCGCGAAUCGCGGGGAAAUUGCUAUAAGAGUGUUCCGAGCAUGCACGGAACUGGGCAUUCGAUCCGUCGCUAUAUACAGCGAGCAGGAUAAGCUGCAGAUGCACAGACAAAAAGCCGACGAAUCGUACCUCGUUGGCAAAGGUCUUGCCCCCGUGGAGGCGUACCUCAGCAUCCCGGAGAUCAUCCGCGUGGCGAAGGAGAAUGACGUGGAUGCUGUCCAUCCUGGAUACGGCCUGCUGUCUGAGAGAUCAGACUUCGCCCAAGCAGUCCAGAACGCCGGUCUGCGAUUCAUCGGUCCCUCGCCUGCAGUCGUGCAGCAGAUGGGAGACAAGGUGGCCGCGAGAAAAGCCGCCAUUGAUGCCAAGGUGCCAAUCGUCCCCGGUACAGACGGACCGAUAACGACUAAAGAGGAGGCGCUCGAGUUCUGCAAACAACACGGUCUCCCAGUUAUAUUUAAGGCGGCGUACGGUGGUGGUGGGCGGGGCAUGCGCGUGGUGCGCGAGAUGGCGGACGUGGCGUCGUCGUUCGAGCGCGCGUCGUCCGAGGCGCUCGGCGCGUUCGGCAACGGCUCCAUGUUCAUAGAGCGCUUCAUAGAGCGGCCCCGACACAUCGAGGUGCAGCUGCUGGGUGACAAGGCUGGUAACGUGGUGCAUUUAUACGAACGCGACUGCUCCGUGCAGCGGCGGCAUCAGAAAGUCGUGGAGAUUGCGCCUGCGCCGAAACUAGAUCCAGAGACCCGUCAACGCAUGGUGGACUGUGCGGUCCAUUUGGCCCGUCACGUCGGGUACGAGAACGCCGGCACUGUGGAGUUUCUGUUGGACGAUAAGGGCAACUUCUACUUCAUUGAGGUCAACGCUAGGUUGCAAGUGGAACACACGAUUACAGAAGAGGUGACUGGGAUAGACCUAGUGCAGUCCCAGAUUAGGAUCGCCGAGGGUAUGACUCUCCCGGAAAUGGGACUCACCCAGGACAAAAUCAGAGCCGACGGGUUCGCGAUACAAUGUCGAGUUACUACUGAAGACCCGGCUAAUAACUUCCAACCGAGCACGGGAAGGAUUGAGGUGUUCCGUUCAGGAGAGGGUAUGGGUAUUCGUUUGGAUUCGGCGUCUACUUAUGCGGGUGCCAUCAUCUCACCGUACUACGAUUCACUGCUCGUCAAGGUGAUCUCCCACGCGUCCGACCUGGCUUCAUCAGCAGCCAAGAUGAACCGUGCGUUACGCGAGUUCCGUAUCCGCGGUGUAAAAACCAACAUACCCUUCCUACUGAACGUGCUUGAAAACCAGAAGUUCUUGAAUGGCUCCGUGGACACGUACUUUAUCGACGAGAACCCCCAACUCUUCAUGUUCAAGGCAUCGCAGAACAGAGCUCAGAAGAUACUGAACUAUCUCGGCUACGUGCUGGUCAACGGGCCGGCCACGCCACUGGCCACUGACAUACCGCCGUCAGACGCCAAGCCACAGAUACCGCCUGUGCCGCUCGACCUUUCGCCCGAGGCAAUAAAAAUUAAAGAAAUGACAGGUGAAAACACAGCUGUCAAACCGCCGCGAGGCUUCCGUGAGAUACUUAAGUCUCAGGGCCCGGAGGCGUUCGCUAAGGCCGUAAGGGAGAAUAAGGGCUUGCUCCUCAUGGACACGACAUACAGGGACGCACACCAGUCGUUGCUUGCGACGCGUGUGCGUACGCACGAUCUGUUGGCGGUCUCGCCGUACGUUGCUCACAACUUCAGCAAUCUGUACUCGCUGGAGAACUGGGGUGGCGCCACUUUCGAUGUGGCACUCAGAUUCCUCCACGAAUGUCCCUGGGAGCGGCUGGAAGACAUGCGCAAGCUCAUCCCCAACAUUCCGUUCCAAAUGCUGCUGCGAGGCGCCAACGCCGUCGGCUACACCAACUACCCCGAUAACGUCGUGUUCAAGUUCUGUGAUAUGGCUGUAAAAGCCGGUAUGGACAUAUUCCGUGUGUUCGACUCUCUCAACUAUCUCCCUAACUUAAUCCUUGGCAUGGAAGCGGCAGGCAAGGCGGGCGGCGUCGUCGAAGCGGCUAUAUCCUACACGGGAGACGUAUCGGAUCCCACCAAAACUAAAUACGACCUUAAAUACUACACCAACCUGGCCGAUGAGCUCGUCAAAGCCGGCACCCAUGUCCUGUCUAUAAAGGAUAUGGCUGGGCUGCUGAAACCGCAGUCGGCUAAAUUGCUGAUAUCGGCGAUCCGCGAUCGCCACCCGCACGUGCCCAUCCACGUUCAUACUCACGAUACAUCCGGUGCUGGCGUGGCCGCCAUGUUGGCGUGCGCGGAGGCGGGCGCGGACGUAGUCGACGUCGCCGUGGACUCCAUGUCCGGCAUGACCAGCCAGCCUAGCAUGGGAGCGCUUGUUGCUUCGCUGCAAGGCACCCCGUUAGACACAGGUAUCCCGCUACAGACGGUAUCGGAGUAUUCCGCGUACUGGGAACAGGCUAGGACGCUUUACGGGCCGUUCGAGUGCACCGCCACUAUGAAGUCUGGCAACGCUGAUGUUUACCUCAACGAGAUACCUGGAGGACAGUACACCAAUCUCCAGUUCCAGGCAUUCUCUCUCGGACUUGGCAGCCAGUUUGAACAGGUCAAGAAGGCUUACAGAGAGGCGAAUCUCCUACUCGGAGACAUAAUCAAGGUGACUCCCUCAUCGAAGGUGGUGGGUGAUUUAGCCCAGUUUAUGGUGCAGAACAAACUGACGGCUGAUGAUAUUAGGGCCAGGGCAGAAGAGCUGUCAUUCCCGAAGAGUGUGGUGGAAUUCUUCCAGGGAGCUAUUGGUAUACCGUACGGAGGAUUCCCGGAGCCUCUGAGAUCUCAAAUUCUAAAGGACAUGCCAAGAAUAGAAGGCAGGCCCGGCCAAGAACUACCGCCUCUAGACUUCGACAAACUGAAGAGCGAACUGCAAGAAACGUACCCAGAUGUGACAGAUCAGGACGUGAUGUCAACGGCAAUGUACCCGCAAGUGGCGAACGACUUCUUCCGCAUCCGAGAGAAGUACGGACCCGUCAAACAUCUGGAUACCAAAACUUUCCUCGUUGGACCCACGGUUGGCGAGACCCUAGAAGUUAAGAUCGAGCGUGGCAAGACGUUGGACAUUCGGACGUUAGCCGUGUCGGACGAGAUGACGGCGGCCGGCGAGAGAGAAGUGUUCUUCGAGCUCAACGGCCAGCUGCGCUCCGUGUUCAUACGCGACGACAAGGCCAGCCAGGAAAUGAAGAUACAUCCGAAGGCCAUCAAGGGUGACAAGAAUCAAGUCGGUGCCCCGAUGCCCGGCACUGUUUUAACGAUAAAAGUGAAAGAGGGAGACAAUGUGGAGAAGGGACAGCCCAUCGCCGUACUGUCCGCUAUGAAGAUGGAAAUGAUAGUGCAGGCGCCGCGCGCGGGAACCGUCAAGUCGGUCGCCAUCACUAACGGACAGAAGUUGGAAGGGGAUGACCUGAUUUGUACCAUCGAAUAAGUAAGCCAGGUCGAAAAAGAGUAGACACUGAACAUAAUUUUCACAACCGUGUUAGUAUAUUUUUUGCUAUUAUAUAGCUUUUAUCGCGCGCGUAGAGCGCAGCGCAAUCAAGAAAUUUCAUACAGAAAACACCUAAUAGCCACUCGCUCACUCCAUGCGACGUUGCUAGACUUUAAAAAAUACCUCCUCCUUUUUGGAAGUCGAUUAAAAAAUGCUAUGCGAUAGCUUUACCGAGGCAGUACCCGAGUGCCACAGCCCACACGUAUUAUAUUUUUAUCGCAAAUCUUUUAUUACGCAUGUCAAAAUCAUGUCAUGGCGACACCACAAACAAGUUAUUAAAUUUUAUAUGUUACACGUCAAGUUGAGUUAUUAUGACUUGACAUGAUUUUACUUUGUACUCGCUUCGGCAGUACAUAUACUAAAAUUGGAACGAUACAGAGAAGAUUAACAUGGCCCCUGCGCAAGGAUGACACGCAAAAUCGUGAAGCGUUCCACUUUUUUUUUUUAUUAGAGUACGAGGGUUGGAGGCCUGGUGUCUUGAAAUACAAGCAGGAAACUGCUUAGUUUA